AUGUCUCAAUACGCAAGCUCAUCAUCAUGGACUUCUUUCUUGAAGUCAAUCGCCUCAUUCAACGGCGAUCUUUCUUCAUUAUCGGCUCCUCCAUUUAUUUUAUCUCCGAUCUCAUUGACAGAGUUUUCUCAGUACUGGGCUGAACACCCAGAGUUAUUCUUGGAGCCCUCUUUCAUCAACGAUGAUAACUACAAAGAACACUGCUCAAUUGACCCCGAAGUUGAAUCUCCCGAAUUAUCGCGGAUGUUGGCCGUUACUAAAUGGUUCAUCUCUACUUUAAAAUCUCAAUACUGUUCUCGUAAUGAGUCAUUGGGUUCUGAGAAAAAACCUUUGAACCCAUUCUUAGGUGAGUUGUUCGUUGGUAAAUGGGAAAACAAAGAACAUCCAGAAUUUGGAGAAACUGUUUUACUAAGUGAGCAGGUUUCCCACCAUCCACCUGUUACUGCUUUUUCUAUCUUCAAUGACAAGAAUAAAGUUAAACUGCAAGGCUACAACCAAAUUAAGGCCAGUUUUACUAAAUCGUUAAUGUUGACUGUUAAGCAAUUUGGUCACACUAUGUUGGAUGUUAAGGAUGAGAGUUAUUUGGUUACCCCACCUCCAUUACAUAUUGAAGGCAUUCUUGUCGCUUCGCCCUUUGUUGAAUUGGAAGGGAAGUCAUACAUACAAUCUUCCACAGGAUUAUUAUGUGUCAUUGAAUUUUCAGGUAGAGGUUACUUUUCUGGCAAAAAAAAUUCAUUCAAGGCCAGAAUUUACAAGGACUCCAAAGAUAGUAAAGACAAAGAGAAAGCAUUAUACACAAUAUCUGGCCAAUGGUCCGGUUCUUCCAAGAUAACCAAGGCUAAUAAAAAAGAAGAGUCACGAUUAUUUUAUGAUGCUGCCAGAAUCCCUGCUGAGCACUUAAACGUCAAACCUUUGGAAGACCAACACCCUCUGGAAAGUAGAAAGGCUUGGCAUGACGUGGCCGGUGCCAUCAAAUUAGGCGAUUUCAAUCUGAUUGCCAAGACAAAAACUGAAUUGGAAGAAACGCAAAGGGAAUUGAGAAAAGAGGAAGAAGCUAAAGGGAUUAGCUGGCAAAGAAGAUGGUUCAAAGAUUUUGACUACUCUGUUACGCCCGAAGAAGGCGCCCUUGUACCUGAAAAAGAUGACACUUUCUUACAGCUCUCCUCUACUCUAAAUUUAUCAACGAAGAAUGUUCCAAGUGGUACUUUGGUAGGUGAUAAGGAAGACAGAAAGGAGGAUCUUUCAUCUAUUCAUUGGAGGUUUCAAAGAGAAUUAUGGGAUGAUGAAAAGGAAAUUAUCUUGUAA